AUGAGAGGAUUGGUGAACAAGCUCGUAUCCAGAUCUCUCUCCGUCGCCGGGAAAUGGCAGCAGCAACAACUUCGCCGUCUCAACAUCCACGAGUAUCAGGGAGCUGAGUUGAUGGGAAAAUUCGGAGUUAAUGUGCCAAAGGGAGUCGCAGUUUCUUCCUUGGAUGAAGUGAAAAAGGCUAUCCAAGACGUUUUCCCUAACGAAAGCGAGUUGGUCGUUAAGAGCCAGAUUUUGGCCGGUGGAAGAGGUCUUGGAACAUUCAAGAGUGGCCUUAAGGGUGGUGUUCACAUUGUUGGCCGUGAUAAGGUUGAAGAUAUUGCUGGGAAGAUGCUAGGACAAGUACUCGUCACCAAGCAAACUGGUCCUCAGGGAAAAGUAGUUAGCAAGGUUUACUUGUGUGAGAAAUUAUCACUCGUCAAUGAGAUGUACUUUUCCAUAAUUCUGGACCGUAAAUCUGCUGGACCGUUGAUAAUUGCCUGUAAAAAGGGUGGUACCAGCAUUGAAGAUCUUGCUGAGAAGUUCCCUGACAUGAUCAUUAAGGUACCAGUUGAUGUAGUUGCAGGAAUUACCGAUGAAGAUGCUGCUAAGGUUGUGGAUGGUCUGGCUCCGAAAGCUGCUGACAGAAAAGAGUCUAUUGAACAAGUGAAGAAGCUUUACGAACUCUUCCGCAAGUCUGACUGCACAAUGUUGGAAAUCAACCCCCUAGCUGAGACAUCCACUAACCAAUUGGUAGCUGCUGAUGCCAAACUGAACUUUGAUGACAACGCUGCUUUCCGACAAAAAGAGGUGUUCGCCCUUCGUGAUGCAACACAAGAGGAUCCACGAGAGGUGGCAGCUGCAAAAGUUGACCUGAACUACAUAGGAUUGGAUGGAGAGAUUGGUUGCAUGGUGAAUGGUGCUGGAUUGGCCAUGGCAACCAUGGACAUCAUUAAAUUGCACGGUGGAACUCCUGCCAAUUUCCUUGACGUUGGUGGAAACGCUUCUGAACACCAGGUGGUGGAGGCGUUUAAGAUACUGACAUCGGACGAGAAGGUGAAAGCAAUAUUGGUGAACAUAUUCGGUGGGAUAAUGAAAUGUGAUGUGAUUGCUAGUGGAAUUGUGAACGCUGCAAAAGAGGUGUCACUGAAGGUACCAGUGGUGGUUCGUCUGGAAGGUACAAAUGUGGAACAGGGAAAGAGAAUACUCAAGGAGAGUGGAAUGAAGCUCAUAACAGCCGAUGAUCUCGAUGAUGCAGCAGAGAAAGCUGUUAAAGCAUUAGCUAAUUAG